AUGCCCGCGAACGAGAAACCCGAGUAUGAGAAUCCGGAAGACUUCAUCUGGAAUACGUAUUUAGAAGCGUCCAAGGAUGAGGACGAAGCGCGCCCGAAGAACUGGGAGGGUAGCACGACAGGCAUCCUGACUUUUACUGGUCUUUUCGCCGCGACAGUGGCGGCUUUCAUUGUCGAGAGUUAUACGCAGCUCUCGGUAGACUCUGGCGAUCAAACCGUCCAACUCCUCUCGCAACUCCUUGUCGCAACCGCGAACGCGUCUGCGGGUCUCCCCGUCAUUAUCGCGACGCCUGAGCCAUUCUCCACCCCACCCACGGCCAUCGUUACGAAUGCCCUCUGGUUUUCGAGCUUAUUGAUCUCGCUCAUAUGCGCGCUACUGUCAACCCUUGUUCAGGAGUGGUCUCGAGCCUACGUCCAGGACAUCAAGAGACGAAAGGUCCUUCACGAGAGCCUCAUGGAGCGCACAUUUAAUCACAUUUUCAUUCGCAUGGGUGUCAAUCAUUAUGGGAUGGACCAGUUUGUCUCCUGGAUCGUCGCCUUGGUGCAUCUCGCAGUCUUCCUCUUCGCGUGCGGACUCCUUGUCUUCCUCUUUCCUAUCGAUCAUGUUGUGGCUGGCAUUGCUACUGCGAUCCUUGGGAGCUUCGUGAUCAUAUACUGCGUCGCCAGUCUGCUCCCUCUACUCGAGAAGAGUUGUCCAUACAGGACACCCAUCACGUAUUUGAUGGCCUUCGUGUACUGGUCCGCAUCCCAAACGCAUCUUUAUCGCCUCAUACUGCGCUCACUCAGUAAGCUCGAGGUUCGCGACAAGUUUCGCGAUGUUGUCGCGAGACACGAGAUAGAGAUGGGCUACUAA